GCAGAAAAAUCAAGACUCUCCGGCCGUCCAUCUAACUGAGACCAAGAUCAAUAGAAAGAAAAAUUCAUGGCCAUCUUAUCAGGUGUUGUUGAUGGGAACAAUGAUUUUGAACUCGGAGAGCCUUUGCUAAUAACUACUUGUAGUAGUAGUAGUGAUCAUGGAGGAGUCGGAAACCUUACUAGUAGUGAUGCUGUUCAAGGUGUGGUGGAUUACAGAGGAGAAAGUGUGUAUGAUAGAUCAAAAUAUGGAGGAUGGAAAUCUUCUUAUUCUAUAAUUCCAAUUGAUAUUGCAGAUAGCUUUACUUACUGGGGAAUCUCAUCAAAUCUCAUAUCCUAUCUCACCGGUCCACUAGGCCAAUCCACAGUCGCAGCGGCCGAAAACAUCAACAUCUGGGGCGGAGUUGUAUCACUGCUACCUUUCCUCAGCGCAUUUCUUGCCGAUUCUUAUCUUGGUCGAUUUAGUACUAUCUUAAUCUCUGGAUUCAUUUACAUACUGGGACUAGGAUUGUUAUCUUUAUCGGUUAUGCUUCCUUCUCUAAUAAGCUCUCUGAACUACAGCGAUAACAGUUCAGUUUUCAGUUCUUCUUAUCAACUGGGCUUCUUCUUUUGUUCAUUGUAUAUAAUGGCAAUUGGAAGAGCUGGAUGCAAUUCUUGCGCACAAGCUUUUGGGGCUGACCAGUUUGAUGGACGAGACUCUGGAGAAUGCAAAUCCAAGAGCUCAUUCUUCAAUUGGUGGUUCUUAGGAUUAAUUCUUGGUAGCGGCGUUUCUCACUUGACUCUGAACUACAUACAAGACAAUAUGGGGUGGGGUUUAGGAUUUGGCAUUCCGUGCAUUGUAAUGGUGGCAGCAAUAGUCGUUUUCCUCCUCCGAACAAAAACAUAUCGUUAUAGUGUGAGCCAGAAGAAGCAAAACCCGUUAGUACGGAUAACCAGAGUGUUUACUGCAGCUGCCAAGAACCGGAGAAAGACCGCAUCCUUGGGUUCGCUGCAGGAGGACACAUUCAAACUCCCUGGGACACAUCCUGGGGCUAAUCAGUUCAAGUUUUUGGACAAAGCUUUGAUUGACGUAUCGAAUGACAGUUCAAGAGAAUAUGAUUUAACCUGUACCGCUGAUCAAGUAGAGGAGGCAAAGGCUGCAGUACGACUGGUUCCAGUGUGGGUUGUAUGUAUUAUAUAUGGAAUUGUUAGUGCUCAAUCUACAACAUUUUGCAUCAAGCAAGGAAAUACAAUGAACAGGAAUGUAGGAAGAGAUUUUGAGAUACCAUCUGCCUCCAUGAGAAUCUUCAGUAGUGUUGCUGUUGUUUUUUCCAUCGUAUUUUACGACCGCGUGUUUGUUCCCUUGGCUAGGACUCUCACAGGUAAACCUAGUGGCAUAACAAUGCUUCAAAGAACAGGUUGUGGCAUGUUUAUAUCCACUAUAUCUAUGGUAGCAGCAGCAAUAGUCGAGAAGACAAGGCUUCAAAUAGCUUUAGAUAAUGGAUUGAUUGACAUGCCUCAGGCAACAGUUCCUAUGAGUAUCUGGUGGUUGGUCCCUCAGUACAUAAUGCAGGAUGCCGCUAACGUAUUCUUUAUCGGUAUGCAAGAAUUCUUUUAUGAUCAAGUGCCAAAUGAGUUAAGAAGUGUCGGUCUCGGCCUUUACUCGAGUAUCUUUGGUGUGGGGCAUUUUCUUAGUGGAUUUUUAAUCUCCAUACUAGAUAAGAUAACUAGUGGAAGUGGACGGGAUAGUUGGUUUUCAGACAACCUCAACCGAGCGCACAUCGACCUUUUCUAUUGGCUUCUUGCAGGACUUAGUGCAUUGGAAUUGAUCAGCUUUAUAUAUAUUUCAAAAUCGUACAUCUACAAAAGGUAAGCUGUAAAUGCAAGAAGUUUUGCAGACACGGUAAAUCUCGCAAACUAUCGACUGCCUGUAACUGUGUAAAAAUUGAACAUGAUAAACCUUGUAUUUCUGUUGUCGCAACUGACAACUCAUGGUUUACUUAA